AUGAAGAACCAAAACCUCUGUCGCAUGUUUUCAAAUCCACUCAGCGAGACCCAAACCAAUAUUAGUAUUCGUCGUAGUUGCAGCAACGUAACAGAAAACAAAGAAAACACCAAUGUCAAUGUUCUUCCAAAAUCCAAAUCAUUAUCAACUAGAAUUGUUAAACCUUCUUCAUUACAGUUCUGCAUGCAAAUCAACGAUUCUUCUCACUUUUCCAACUCUCUCAAAAUAUGGGACUACUCCGAUUCCGAAGCAGCUCCCGCUUCCUCUUGGUCCACUUUACCUAACAAGUCUUUGAUAUGUAGACCCUUACCUACAGAUAUUGGAAGAUGUACAUGUGUAAUUGUCAAAGAAACAAUCCCUCAGGGUCUCUCUGCAACCACCUUCUUCUCUCUAUAUACCUACGAAGGUCAGGGACGGCAGAAUAGGAAACUGGCUGUAGCCUGCCACAAGCGGCGGAGAAAUGGAAGAUCACAGUUCACAGUAGCUCAGAAUGUAAAAGGACUACUUUCUGAUUCCGAAGAUACUUUCCUCGGGACAGUAACGGCCAACCUCACUGGAUCCAAAUACAACAUUUGGGAUCAGAACCAUCGUCCUAAUUCUAAAUCCAAUAGUAAUCAAUCAAAUUCAAAGCAGCCUCUUGCUGUUGUUGAGUAUGUACCUACAAUACCAACAUGUACAGGAACUCAUAGAAGCAUCAAAGCAUAUAUACCUAAUCAUCAAUCUAUAUCUUUCAAGAACACUUCACAGGUGCAACAUAUUAAGGGUUUGCCGCUGAAUUGGAAGGGAAAAUUGGACAAAGUUCAUCAACUAUACUCAAAAGAUCCACUCUACAACAAGAGUUCAAAACAAUUUGAGCUUGACUAUAGAGAUAAAGGAAGGACAGGACUUCAAAUCCAGAAAUCAGUUAAAAACUUUCAGCUCACUUUAGAGGAGAAUGGGAAGCAGACAAUCCUGCAGCUAGGGAGGGUGGCAAAAUCUAAGUUUGUUAUGGACUAUAGAUAUCCUUUGACUGGUUACCAGGCUUUUUCCAUAUGUUUGGCUUCCAUUGAUGCAAAACUUUGUUGCAUAGUGUAA